UGAUACAAAGGCCGCGACAAUACGAGGCGUCCUGCAUUUACUGACACCUUUCUUUGCGUGCCAUGGCUUAACCCUACGAGUGCAUGCAUAGUAUGAGAUAGUUAUAAGGCCCGAACAGCAUACGUCUGCAGAGAAGUCGACGACAGCUGCGAACAGAAGCACGGCGAAACUGUUCGUCACAGAGGCGGGAAUAAGCGAGACAAUAUUGCCUCAAAUAUAUCAUCUGUAGCUGGUGCUAUUCAGCACGGGGACCACAGAAAUGGACAGCUUCGCCGUGCUGGGAGAAGCGCUCACCCAGCGGAUAUCGGACUUGAAGAAGCUGACGCUGCUCAGAAUCGAAGAUGGUGCCAAAGACAUGUACCAGCAAGACCUGUCCGGUCUGGAGGCUAGCGUGCGCGCGCUGGAGGCCCAGGUGACAACGCUGAAGGACUGCAUCCAAAGGGAGCUGUCUGCAAUGCCCAAGGUCGAGGCUCUCAUUGAGGCCAGCAAGGUGCAGAGCCAGCACCUCAACGCCAUCGCCAGCAACCUGCCGGCGCGCCUGCCGCGCGCGACCUACACCAGCGUUGCGGGGGCAACACUUGCCGGGGGGCGCAACGAGGCCGACGGCCCGGCCGCAGGGACUUCUGGCGUGCUCAGCGCGGGCACAUCGCAGGCGGGCAUGGGCGCUGCGGCCGGGAUGGGCGCGGGUGAGGAGGCGGGCAAGCGGGCCCGGGGCGGUGCUGGCGGCGGCGGCAAGGACGUGCCGCGGUGGUACGUGACGCAGGACGAAUUCGACGCCGUGUCGGCCUAUAUGCGCGGCCGCCUGGUGCCGGAGAAGGUGAACGCCGCGCUGGACGAGCUGGCUGGCCACGGGCUGGCCACUGCGCGGCUGAUGGCGGCGGUGCGGGCGGGCGGAGCCAAGCUGGCGCCGGCGGAGCGCAAGCGCGCCACUGAGCUGAUGCACAGUGUGGCGAACAAGGAGGGUGUCAAGGGCCAUUUCUGGUUUACCGAUGGCGACCUGCGCGAGGGGCCGCUGGUGCGCCCCGACAAGAGCGGCAAGGGCUUGCUUACGCUGCUGCGCCACCUGGGCCGAUUGGCUGAGCACCGCUGCAGCGUGGACGGCAAUGCAACCACCGUGUACGUGCUAUGCGAGCCGCGCUAAGGAGGGAAAGAAGGAGGAUUGGGGGAGGGAAAGGAGGGUUUGUAGGAGUGUCGCACGCACUCAACGGAGAGCCACGGAUGGCCUACAUUGGGGGCAUGUCGCACCCGUGGAGGGCACUGUGGGAGUGUGCUGGUGCUUGGUGGCAACUGGCCCCGGCCACCUGCAGCUGCAGUGAGCAGGCUGUCAGAUUACGGCGUGAAGGGCAUGUAUGGCGGCAGGUGGAAACAGGCGCCAUCACGACGCUGAUGUCAGGGGCUUGCAGGGGAGGCGUUUCCCGCACUCAAAUGCCCAUGGUGCGUGUGUGGGCGAAAGCCUGCGGAAGACAUGCUCGGGGCGUGGCCACGUACUGUAUGUGGACGGUCAUGUUCGCCCGGGCGUGUAGCGUGGAACCAUGCAGCGGAGCGUCCCUAGAUGACCUGCGGUUAGUAUGGAUGCAUGAGCCCUGUGUCCUCUGUUGGCAGCUGCAGCGGGCUGUUAGCGCGUGUACCGCUGCUGCUGGGGCAAGCUGAUAUGGGUGUGUGAUGGGACAGGGUUCAGGCAGGUUGGCGAGGUCCCAUAGGGUGCAGCGGACGCCCAUAUCCCAAGCAGACAGCAAACAGUUUGCAGCGGCAGAGCAGGAGUGCAUGGCUGGUCGAACGCCGGAGUUACUGUACCGACAAGUUGCUGGCUAGCUGGAAGUUUGCUGAUGCGCAUUCCUCACGCUC